GUGGACUAUUAAACGAGCUUUAUGCUUCAUUACCAACAAACUGAAUGGGGUUUUAGCGCUGCGUAUCUGCUUAAUACAUUUACAAGUCACGAACUGGAAGUUUCAAUUUAAGUAGUUGAAUGGGCAAUUUCAAGCGUGGAAAUAAAUUUACUAAGAAGACGUACUUCAGCUUCAUUGUCGACAGCGUAAAAACUCCCAUUGGUAAAUGGAAAAUAAAAUAAUCCCGCCGUUUGUUUUGCAAGCGUUAUUCCGCGGGACCGCCUUUGAGAGAAUUUCUACUCGGAAGAUGUCCAGCGAAGGAAAGCAGUGUAGACAUCCCAGGGUCCAGAACCACUACGUGAAGUCUUCCAAACAGCAGAGCUGUGGAAAUUAGAGACGAGGUGGUAAAAGCUCCAUCCGCCUGAGGUCAGCGACUUGCUGCGAUUGCAACAUUUAAAAGGGUGGCUACUCACCGUCAUUGAUUUUGGAUAUACCAUAAGCCCAUAAGCCCAAAUCAUUACACCACAUUCAUAGUUUUCCGUUAAAAGGUUUAUUUUGGAACCACUCAAUAAAGUAAAUGGCGUCAAAACAUUGGGUAAGACGCCAUUAAUCGUUGCCCUUUAGGAAGAAAAAUGGGUCAUCGUGUCAUUUUCAAGUACCAACACACAUAGUUGUACUUAUCUUAUCAUUUAUCAGUAAACGCUUCUUGUAUUGUGUGUUUGUGCAUUUGACAUUGCAGAAGUCAAGCUCGUGUCGAUAAAAUGGUCGUCGCCAAGGAAGAUGGCGCAAAAAUCGUGGAUGAUCUUAAUCCCGGUUUCCGGUAUGGUGCCAGACAUACGCAGGGAAUUAUGCUCUUUGUUCUACUAAUGAUAGCGUACGGAAUGCGUGCGAAUCUAUCGGUGGGAAUCGUAGCCAUGACCAAUCCAGAAACCAACCCUAAUAAGGACAUACCUACCUACACGUGGAAUGACAAGAGCGUGAUUCUGUCGUCGUUCUUUUGGGGGUACGUCAUACCGCAAAUAGGCGCGGGUCAAUUGGCAAAAUACUACGGACCGAAGUGGUUUCUAGUGGGCGCAAUGGGCGUGAGCUCGCUGUUCACGCUCCUAAUUCCGGUCAUGGCAAGUGUGGGCGGUUGGGCUCUGAUGCUUUGUCGAAUCAUUCAGGGGUUUACUCAAGGUUUCUUUUAUCCGUCGUGCCAUAAUUUGCUGUCGAAAUGGGUGCCUCCGAGUGAGCGCGCCCGUUUGGGCACAUUCGUCUACGCCGGCGGUCCCUUCGGAACAGUCGUAUCUCUGACGUUCACAGGGUGGAUUUCUGGCACAACAGUCGGGUGGCCGUACGCCUUUUACACGUACGGCACGGGGGGCCUGUUGUGGGUUGUCGUGUGGAUGGUACUCGGACGUAACAGCCCAAGUCAGCACACCAAGAUUGAUCCCAAAGAAAAAGCGUACAUCGAAGCCGCCUUGGGACACGCUGAACAAAAGGAGCUUCCUUCAACACCUUGGAGAUCAAUUGCGACGUCUCUACCGCUUUGGGCGAUACUAAUCGCGCAUAGUGGACAAAACUGGGGUUUCACCACGUUGCUCACUAACAUCCCCACCUUCCUCCAGAGCGUGCUCCACUUUGACAUAAGAUCAAACGGCCUACUCUCCGCAGGGCCUUACCUACUCUUCUGGAUUUUAAGCUUCGCCUUCAGCGCAAUCACCGAUUACUCCAUAACCAGGGGAAUCUUCACCACGGGUACAACAAGGAAGAUCGCCAACAGUAUCGGUUCUUUAGUCCCAGCCGCCUCCCUCGUCGUUCUGGGCGCGAUCGGCGAUACGGACGCCGACAUCAAAGACGCGGCGAUCGUCCUGCUCUUCAUCGCCGUAGGCGUCAACUCGUUCACGUACUGCGGCUACAACGUCAACCACAUGGACAUAUCGCCGAAUCACGCCGGUACCCUGAUGGGCAUCACGAACGGACUCUCGAACAUCACCUCGAUAAUCGCGCCCUUAAUUUUGGAAUUCAUCGUAACCGACGAGGCGAGUACGAAACAGUGGGCCGUAGUCUUCUACAUAUCCGCCGCAGUUUACGUGAUAGGCAAUACGUUCUUUGUCAUUUUUGCAUCGGGGGAGAAACAGAAGUGGAACAGCAACGAGGAGGAGGAAGCGAGGGUUACAGUUACAGUUGAAGAAGCGCGACCUUGAAAGAGUAAUUUAGUUCAUAUGUCAUAGUCGAGAUAUAAUACAAUAAUUGCGAAAUAUAAAGUUUUAUGGAA